CAGCUGGGAACACCACCAUGGCCAACCUGACAGCCACAAGCAGUGGGAGGAACUCGUGCACCUACCACGAGGAGUUCAAGCAGGUGCUGCUGCCCCUGGUGUACUCGGUGGUGUUCGUGGUGGGGCUGCCCCUCAACGCCGUGGUCAUCGGGCAGAUCUGGCUGGCGCGGCAGGCGCUGAGCCGCAGCACCAUCUACAUGCUCAACCUGGCUGUGGCCGACCUGCUCUACGUCUGCUCCUUGCCUCUGCUCAUCUACAACUACACCCAGAAGGACUACUGGCCUUUCGGGGACUUCACCUGCAAAUUCGUGCGCUUCCAGUUCUACACCAACCUGCACAGCAGCAUCUUCUUCCUCACCUGCAUCAGCGUCCAGCGCUACCUGGGCAUCUGCCACCCCUUGGCCUCGUGGCACAAGAAGAAGGGCAAGAAGCUGACGUGGCUGGUGUGCGCGGCCGUGUGGUUCAUCGUCAUCGCCCAGUGCCUGCCCACCUUCGUCUUCGCCUCCACGGGCACGCAGAGGAACCGCACGGUCUGCUACGACCUGAGCGUGCCCGACCACUCCGCCGCCUACUUCCCCUACGGCAUCACCCUCACCUUCACGGGCUUCCUGCUGCCCUUCGUGGCCAUCCUGGCCUGCUACUGCAGCAUGGCACGCAUCCUGUGCCAGAAGGACGAGCUGAUCGGCCUGGCCGUGCACAAGAGGAAGGACAAGGCCGUGCGCAUGGUCAUCAUCGUGGUCAUCGUCUUCUCCAUCAGCUUCUUGCCCUUCCACCUCACCAAGACCAUCUACCUGAUCGUCCGCUCCUCGCCCGCCCUGCCCUGCUCGGCCCUGCAGGCCUUCGCGAUUGCCUACAAGUGCACGCGGCCCUUCGCCAGCAUGAACAGUGUGCUCGACCCCAUCCUCUUCUACUUCACCCAGCGCAAGUUCCGCGAGAGCACGCGCUACCUCCUGGACAAGGUGAGCUCCAAGUGGCGCCACGACCACUGCAUCACCUACGGCUCCUAGGCGAGGACGAGGCCACCUCGGUGCCACCAAGGCACAGAGCAAUUUCAGCUCUGAGCUCCAUGGAGCAGAGAUGGCUUCACCGGGGACGUGCUGGAGGAGAGGAGGAUGGCAUCUCCCAAGCUGUCAGCACUGUCAGCCUAUCUCCAGCCUGGUGGAUCAUCUGUGGUGAUCCACCUCCAUCCGGUGGUGCAGUGUUAACCCCAUCACAAAUCCAGUGUUCUCUCCCUUGCUCACCUGGAGCAGCUCAGCACCUUGGUGGUCGAGCCACCAAUGCAAUAAAGAUCCACUGGGACCAUGGAGAGCAAGAUGGAGCUCCAUGGAGGACACAUC